AAAUACCAGACCACCACCACUACCUCUUCUCCAAUUCUCGCUAACAACCACUUUUCUACCCAAAACACACGCAGAGUACAGAGAGCAAAUUGAAAUGGGAGUUGUAAUCAUCGACGGUUCAACAGUCCGUUCGUUCGUAGAAGACGAGGCCCGGUUCAAAAAAAGCGUAGACGAAGCCUUUGCCUCCCUUGACCUCAACAACGACGGCGUUUUAUCAAGAUCAGAGCUCCGCCGCGCCUUCGAGUCGCUCCGCCUCAUCGAGACCCACUUCGGGGUGGACGUGGCCACGCCGCCGGAGGAACUGACGAAGCUCUACGACUCGAUUUUUGACAAAUUCGAUUGCGACCGAAGCGGGACGGUGGAUAAGGAGGAGUUUAGGACCGAGAUGAAGAUGAUUAUGCUGGCUAUUGCUGAUGGACUCGGGUCUAAUCCAAUUCAGAUGGCUCUUGAAGAUGAUGAUAAGAGUUUCCUCAAGCAGGCUGCUGAUCUUGAGGCUUCUAAGCUUUCUGGGUGAUUCUCAACCGUCUAGAUUUUAUAUUUUUAGAUUAAUUUCAGUUUGGGUUUUUACCCUAUCUCGUGUUCUUGUAAGAGUUUUGUCUUCAGACAAAAGUUGCAAUAAUACCUUCUUUAAUAAAAUAAAAAA